AUGUCGAAAGGAGAUAUGGACGAAGACUUUCUGAACUUUGAAUCAAAAGUGAAUCAGGUUAUGAGGCUAUUGGAAGAUAUGGCGGUCGCUAAUAAAACCGAUGCAGAAGGCGGCGCUACCAAAAAACCAGAAAUUAAAACAGAAAUCAGUGAACAUGACUUCAUUGUGAGCGUCCGUCAAGACCGCACAUUACUAAACCGAAAGGCGGCUAACCAAAGGGAACAAGUCGACCAAACUGGACCACAGCAAUUGGAUAAAUACACCUUUAUGCAACAAAUGGAGGAAGAUGCUGUCGAGCGCGCUAAGGUGCGUAAAGAGCGCGAGCGUAUUGCUCAACACUUUCGGAGCCUAGGCAAUGACGCUUUUCGUAAACAAAGCUAUGAAAAGGCUAUACAAAUGUAUACAAAAGCAAUUGAGCAUGUCAAAGAUAGUCCAAUACUCUACAACAACCGCGCACUCUCCUAUCUUAAACUAAGAAAUUGCAAGCGUGCCAUAAUUGAUGCCGACUACGUUAUAAAUAAAUUAGAUGAAAAGAAUUUGAGAUCAUGGUUGUAUCGUGGAGCUGCAUAUCUGAGGUUAGGUGAUGAAAAAAAUUACGAGACUAGCAUUAAGUUCGCGAAGAAAAAUAACAACAAGGAAAUCGACUAUAUAACCGCAUUUCAAGAGAAACUAAAAGCUGAUUUUUAAUUACGUUCGCAAUUAUACAUACAUUCAUAUCUAUACAAAGCACAAUAUAAAAAUCAAUUUGAUUAAUAUUUCAGAAUUUCAAAUCAUCCCAAGCUUCAAUAAAAAUUAUAGUAAACUAUUUAA